CGUCACCGCAGCUGCCUGUCUGCCUCCCGCUCCUGGGGCCUUGGGUUUUCUUGUUGUGUCUGCACCACCUCCGCCAGUCAUGUCGGUCAACUACGCGGCCGGGCUGUCCGAGUACGAGCACAAGGGCAAAUGCGGCCUGCCCGAGAUCUUUGAUCCUCCUGAGGAACUAGAAAGAAAGGUGCUGGAACUGGCAGACUUAGUACGAAAUGCCUCAUAUGUGGUGGUGCACACAGGGGCUGGCAUCAGCACUUCCUCAGGAAUCCCUGAUUUCAGGGGACCACGUGGCGUGUGGACAAUGGAGGAACAGGGCCUGGAGCCCAAGUUUGACACUACUUUCGAGGAAGCCAGGCCUUCUAAGACCCAUAUGGCAUUGCUGGCACUUCAGAGAGUUGGCUUGGUGAAGUACGUGGUCAGUCAGAACGUGGAUGGACUUCAUGUACGGUCAGGUUUUCCCAGAGACAAGCUGUCAGAACUCCAUGGCAACAUGUUUGUGGAAGAAUGCACCAAAUGUGGCAAGCAGUAUGUUCGAGACACAGUAGUUGGAACGAUGGGGUUGAAAAUGACUGGCCAAUUAUGUGACGUUAAAAAGGCACGAGGCCUUCGAGCAUGCAGAGGAAAGUUACGAGAUACCAUUUUGGACUGGGAAGAUUCUUUACCUGAGCGGGACCUCAGUUUGGCAGAUGAAGCCUGUAGGAAGUCCGACCUUGCCAUUACGUUGGGGAGUUCUCUUCAGAUCAAACCAAGCAGCAAUCUGCCAUUCAAUACAAAAAAGAGGGGAGGAAAGUUGGUUAUAGUUAACCUUCAGACCACAAAGCUGGACAGACAUUCAGAUCUGCGGAUAUUUGGUUACGUUGAUGAAGUUGUGGCCAAACUAAUGAAGCACCUUGGCAUUGAAAUCCCUAAAUGGGAAGGACCACAGGUGGUGGAAACAGCAGAAGCAAUUAAACCAGAAAUGGGCAUACUACUUCCCAUCAAAACAGACCUCGACAGUAAACCAAAUAACAAAGUCAGCAGGCAAAGUAGAGACACUGAGGAAGAAGGGACAAGUGCAUCAGAAUCACUGGUGCCAGCCUCUUCGAAGGCUAAUGGCUCCUUUAAGCAAGAUUGCCAAGAGGUGGAUUGUAACACCUUUGAGAGUAAGCGUGUCAAACUGGAGUCUGUCAUGGUGUGAAACAGCAACUCUUUCUACAAUAAUUUGGGACAUUUUUUCUACAAAUAUAAAUGUUUAAUUGUAACUUUAUAUUUAACUAUUUUAAAUUCUGUGCUAAAUACAACAAACCUGGCUGUGGCUCUCCGUAAGUUUUAAGAGGAAGAAUAAGUUGAACCCUAAGUAAGAGGGUCCUGUUUAAUUGUAGCUCAAAAGAAAGCAGCACUGGAAAUCUCCAUUCUGAAGUGCAUUAAAGGGAACAGUAGGAAUAUUUGAGCAUUAACUAGUGUAGUUUAUGUAGACUUAAAAAGCAGGCCUUGCCCCCUGGAGUUCAUGAAAUGUCAAGGAUCGUUGUACUUGGUGUCUUUGGAAUUUUUCAGGCAAAAGUUUGAUAAUUUUUUCUAUAAAUAAGAAAAAUGAUCUUUGUUUUGCUGCUUAGUUUUUCAAACUUCGUGCAACUUACGGCUACGGUAUAGUGCAGCACAGAUAUCAACAUUGGAGUGUUGUGAAUUUGAAAUGUUAGCACCAGUAGGAUUUUGCUCUUUCAGAUGAGUCACAUGAAAAUUAAGCUCUACUGGAGGCUUGAUGCCCCUUUUAAUUUCCAAUGUAUAGCCUAUUCAGCCACUUGUCAAAGUAAGAUUAAGGCAGCUUGGUCAUGUCCUCGAUGAAAUUUUUUUUUUUUUGCUUAUUAUUUGAAGAUUAUUCCGGCAUUUGAAAUUUGGGCACAAUGCUUUACAUAAUGAGAUUCUCCCUCAGGCUUAAGUUUAAUGUCUCCACAGGCAGCUGUAACUUUUGUUGGUAAAUUUAUUUGCUAGCAGUUAAUUUGUUCUGAGUGAUGAAUAGCGUUACUGUUCUUCCAUUUAUGUAGCAGCUAAUGAUGUCAGUGUCUCAAAAAGGAUUUCAGACAUUGAAGUGCGCUGAUUAUUAUGCAGACAAAACAUAACAAACAAUGAAUGUGAAACCAAAUAAACAUUGAAUACUCCAACACUAAA